AUGUCCUUCCUCCCCCUCACAUCCCGCACGCUGCGCACCCUCCCCAAACGACAAUGCCUCACUCCCUUCCGCACAACCGUUCGCACCCUAACCAGUAAAUCCCCCUCCACCCCGCAACUCGAUCCGAUUUCCCUGCACCGACUCGAAGCUACUCGACGCGCCUACUACAAACGCCGUACCUUAUAUUCCGCCUCGGGUUUCCUCGUCGGCAUGGUUUGCAUCUGGGUGACCGCAACCUCGAUUGAGAUACCUCCGCCAUCCAAACUCGACAGCUCUCGCUCUAGCGAUUCUCUCUCCUCCUCUUCUCCCGUCACCAUUCUCCCCUCCUCAUCAACCCCACCCCCAACAACAAAAGAGACCGAAGACGAAGAGCUCGUUCCCACCGGCACAAGCACCAUCCCAACUUUCCCCAAAACCCUGCACUUCUCUGACACCCCCUCCACGCACCCCAGCGAACCCUACCAACUCCUCGGCCUCGGCAUCCGCACCGUCUCCUUCCUACACAUCCAAGUCUACGUCCUCGGUCUGUACAUCUCCCCCUCCUCCAUCGCCACUCUCCAAACCUCUCUGCUGCAGCUCGCCGCCCCAAACGGCGCUUCCACCCUUGUCGCCAACGAGAAAGACGCCUUGAAAGCGAUGCUUCUCGACCCCGCCCGCAGCGAAGAAAUCUGGUCCGCCAUUCUUAAAAAUCCGGAAAUAAAAUCUAUCGUCCGCAUUGUCCCAACGCGCAAUACGGAUUUCCACCAUCUGCGCGACGCGUGGGUUCGUAGUCUCACUGCGCGCGCUCAGAAAAAUAGAGAGGAGUUUGGAGAUGAAGCGUUUGGGAAGGCGAUGGGUGAAUUCAAGGCGUUGUUUAACAGGGGGAGUGUACCAAAGGGACAGGAACUGUUGUUGAGUCGGGAUGAGAGUGGGAAGUUGGGGGUGUGGUAUGAGGAUGGGGUGAAUGGGAGUCAGAGGUUGGGAGAAGUGAGGGAUGAGAGGAUUAGUAGGGGCAUUUGGUUGGGGUAUCUGGCGGGUGCGAAUGUGAGUAGUGAGGAGGCGAGGAGGAAUGUAGUGGAAGGAGUCAUGAAGUUUGUGGAACGUCCGGUUGGGAGUGUUGAGGGGAUGGUGACGGUGUAG